AGGUGCACAAAUCUCUCCUCUUACAUUAUUGCUUCUUUUAUUAUAUAGUCUCUCCUCCUCAAGCCCUAAUCCUCUUAUUAUAUGGAAGCUUGAUAUCGCGAAGUAGAUGUUUAUUAAGGAAAUCCAUUCUCUCCUCCUCAAGCCCUAAUCCUUUUCUUAUACAGUCUCUCCUCCUCAAGCCGUAAGAUUUGCAGAAUUUCCUAGAAAUAUUCUCUAAACCCUAAAAUUUUCUGGUCAAACAAACAACAAAUCCAAAAUAUAAUCUGGGAAAUCGUGGGGAAAUAUGGAGAUUUCUCGCGCCUGCCGGAGCUGUAGAGAGAGGACUCUCGAAUCCGACUAUGUUACGGGCAAUACGGUCUGCUCCUCGUGCGGUGUCGUCCAAGACUAUGACAAUUUCCAAGCCGAUUUUGGCGGUUUCAACGGCCCGGCUGGUACAUUUGUCCGAGUCGGCACCGCAGGGACUGGCAGUGUAUGCAAUUACAAGGAGAAGAAAGUAUACGAAGCCAAAAGGCUUAUAGAUGAGUUGAUGUCUGAAUUAGGGGUUUCAGCUUCGGAUGAGGUUAGAAAAAUGGUUGAAACUAUUACUGAAGGUGAAUACGGGGAGGGCCAUUGGUUCCCUAUAUUUGUUGGUGCCUGUGCUUAUGUUGUUAUGCGGAGAGAUAAUAAAUCGUUGCCAAUUGUUGAGGUGGCGGCCGUGAUUCGGUGUGAUGUUCAUGAGCUUGGUCGAAUGGUUGCUCGGGUUGUUAGUAAUCUUGGAAUGAAGUUGCCGGAGUUUGAUAUUGUGAUUGCAUUUAAACGGGCGAUUCUUAAUAGCCAUAGGUUUAAUGUUCUUUCGGAGGAUAAGGUGGAGAGAGUGUUAAAACAGGGGAUAUUUUUGUUGCAGUGUUCGGUGAAAUGGUUCUUGACAACAGGGCGGAGACCACUUCCAAUGGUUGCAGCAGUGGUGGUAUUUGUUGCAAAAUUGAAUCAGGUUGAUGCUCGAAUUGAGGAUGUGGCGAAGGAAUUACAUGUGGCACUUGCCACUACUCGGUUGCGGUAUAAAGAGCUUUUAGAGAGUCUUGUGAAAGUUGCACAAGCAUUGCCUUGGGGAAAGGAUAUUACAGUUAAGAACAUUGUAAAAAAUGCGCCACAUGUGAUUCAGUAUAUGGAGUUGAAGUCGAUGGGUAAGCGUGACAAGACGAAUAAGAGUUUAGAGCAUGUUGGAUUUGAUUUAGAUGACAUGGUUAGUGACAUUACCAGCAAAGAAAUUGAAUACGGGACCGACGACUAUUGCAUACAAAGUGAUUGUCAGUAUUUUGAGGCAGGGCGUUCCUCGAGUUGGAAUAUUGAUGAAUUGGACAAGUUCAAAAUUUCACCUGAAUGCUUGUCCAUGAUUUAUUCAAAGUUCUUGGAUGAGGUUCCUCAUGUCAACUCUGUUGGAGAGAGUGGAGAGGAGAAUAUAAGGAAGGGAGGGAGAAAGUAUGUCCAUGCAUGUACAGAGUGGUGGAAAGGACAAUCAGAAUUAAGCAAAAAGCUUUUCCUAAAGCAAAUAUUGGGGAAAGAUGUAGGAUUGAAUGCAAUGCCUCCAUCUUAUGUCACUGGAUGCUUAGCAUAUCAAAGGAGGAGUGAAAAGAUAAAGGCUGCUAAGCUGCGAAUUGAUAAAGUUAUGCGCCCAGCAGGUCCUGAUUCAGGUGACAGGGAUGAUUCAUUUUUAACAAAAUGUGUAAAGACUGGGAAGAAAAGGAGGAAAAUGCAAGUUGAUAUUGAUUGGGAAGAUUUUGUUAUUGAAACCCUUCUCCUUCAUCAGGUGGAGGAGGGGGAAAUAGAGAAGGGGCACUACAAUACUUUACUGGACUUGCAUGUUUUUAACUCCGGAAUUUUGUAAUAAGCUUCAGCAUGAAAGGAGUAAUGAUUAGAAUCUAUUCAACUGCACCAACCACUGCACUAUUGGAGAGAGUUUGCAGCCUUUUUUUGUUUAAAUUCUUUCAACAGAAGGAAAUCCUAUUUUACUAUUAUUUUGUAAAUUGAUACAAGAUCACAUUUUUGUUGCAAAAGUUUGUUACCUACACAAUUACAUAAUAUAAAAUCUC